AUGUUCACCUUCAAAGCUCUCCAACUUGUCUCCAUGUGCACCCUAGCGUAUGGACAUGGCUACCUCAGUAAGCCCAUGAGCCGAACCGGUCUUAACGCCGAGGCCGGUCCAGAUACGUGCCCCGAGUGUACCAUCUUGGAGCCCGUGACUGCCUGGCCAGACCUCGACUCCGCCAAAGUCGGACGAACGGGUCCCUGCGGCUAUAACGCCCGAGUUAGCGUCGACUACAACCAACCUGGUGCUAACUGGGGCAAAGAGCCCAUCGCCACCUACAAGCCUGGCCAAGUUGUUGACGUGCAAUGGUGUGUUGACAACAACGGUGACCACGGAGGCAUGUACGCCUACCGUAUCUGUCAAGAUCAGGAUAUCGUCGACAAGUUCCUCGACCCAAAUUACAUCCCCACCGAAGCUGAGAAGCAAGCUGCUGAAGAUUGCUUCGAAGAAGGCCUCCUUCCCUGUACCGACGUUAAUGGUCAGGAGUGUGGGUAUAGUCCUGAUUGUUCGGCUGAUCAGCCAUGCCAUCGCAACGAUUGGUUCACCUGCAAAUCUUUCCAAGGAGACUCGGAUGGCAAGGGAUGCCGAGGUGUCGACAAUGCACCAAUCAACUCGUGCUACACAUCUAUUGCGGGUGGUUACACCGUCUCUGGCAAGAUCAAGAUCCCAGACUACGUCUCGAACCAUACACUUCUGUCUUUCAAGUGGAACUCGUUCCAGACUCCCCAGGUUUAUUUGACUUGUGCUGACAUCGCCAUUUCAUCUUGA